GCCAAAGGCAAAAAUCAUGACAGAGUUUUCUGGAACCCUCCUGACUCUCUCUACCAUUUCGAACUCUCUAGACUCUCCUCUCUCUCUCUCUCUCUCCCCUCUGCUAUAUAAAUUCCAUUAUCAUGGACCUCAUUAUUCGACCAGAAAACUUGUACGCUAUUAAAUACUGCUUUCUCGCUCUCCAUUAUUGUGUUUUUGAUAUCUCGCUCGGCAAUUUUUCUUCCACAAAGAAACAGCGAAAAGGGUCUCGGUGUUGUUCUUUUUGUGGUUGUUUAAGCAAUGGAAGACGACUUUGAGUUCCCAUCUGCCGGAAACGUCGAGGACGAAAUGAUGGACGACAUUCCUGAGGGAGAGUAUGACCCAAUUAGCCCGAUUAUCAAGGUUGGUGAAGAGAAGGAGAUUGGCAAGAAUGGAUUGAAGAAGAAGCUCCUUAAGGAAGGUGAAGGUUGGGAAAACCCUGGUUCCGGCGAUGAAGUCGAAGUUCAUUAUACUGGGACUUUGCUUGACGGAACUAAGUUCGAUUCAAGCCGUGAUCGUGGAACACCUUUCAAGUUCAAGCUCGGCCAAGGACAAGUGAUCAAAGGUUGGGAUGAAGGAAUUAAAACUAUGAAAAAAGGUGAAAAUGCUGUAUUCACGAUACCUCCGGAGCUGGCUUAUGGCGAGUCUGGAUCGCCUCCAACUAUUCCUCCUAACGCCACUCUACAGUUUGAUGUGGAGUUGCUUUCUUGGACUAGCGUUAAGGAUAUAUGCAAAGAUGGUGGGAUUUUCAAGAAAAUACUUGUUGAAGGGGAGAAAUGGGAGAACCCGAAAGACAUGGAUGAAGUAUUUGUUAAGUAUGAAGCUCGGCUUGAAGACGGAACUCUGGUUUCAAAAUCUGAUGGGGUCGAGUUCACUGUUGGAGAAGGCCAUUUCUGUCCUGCUUUAGCAAAAGCUGUGAAAACGAUGAAGAAGGGACAGAAGGUCCUAUUGACAGUGAAGCCACAAUAUGCAUUCGGGGAGACCGGCAGACAAGCGGUUGGUGAUGAAGGUGCGGUGCCUCCAAAUGCAACCCUCCAGAUUACACUUGAGUUGGUCUCCUGGAAGACUGUUACUGAUAUUUCUAAAGAUAAAAAGGUUCUGAAGAAGACAUUAAAGGAGGGUGAGGGGUAUGAGCGGCCAAAUGAUGGGGCAGUAGUUCAAGUGAAACUUACUGGGAAGUUGAAUGACGGAACCAUAUUUACGAAGAAGGGCCAUGACGAGGAACCAUUUGAGUUCAAGAUUGAUGAAGAACAAGUUAUAGAUGGACUUGACAAAGCUGUGAAGAAUAUGAAGAAAGGGGAAAUUGCAGUGGUGACUAUCCACCCAGAUUAUGCUUUUGGCUCGUCCGAAUCACUACAAGAAUUGGCUACUGUUCCUGCUAAUUCAACUGUUUAUUAUGAAGUGGAGCUGCUAUCUUUUGUCAAGGAGAAGGAAUCUUGGGACAUGAAUACACAGGAGAAGAUUGAAGCUGCCGGGAAGAAAAAAGAAGAAGGAAAUGUACUAUUCAAGGCUGGUAAAUAUCUCAGAGCCUCGAAGAGAUAUGAGAAGGCUGUGAAGUUUAUCGAAUAUGACUCUUCUUUCAGCGAUGAGGAGAAACAGCAGACAAGGAUGUUGAAAAUCACAUGCAAUCUUAACAAUGCAGCUUGCCAGUUGAAACUCAAAGAAUACAGGCAGGCCGAGAAGCUUUGUACUAAGGUACUGGAACUGGACAGUAGGAAUGUGAAAGCGUUAUACAGGAGGGCACAAGCAUAUAUCCAACUUGUUGAUUUGGACCUGGCAGAGAUUGAUAUCAAGAAGGCCCUUGAGAUAGAUCCAGACAACAGAGAUGUGAAACUGGAAUACAAAGUUUUGAAGGAGAAAGUGAGAGAGUACAACAAGAAAGAUGCAAAGUUUUACGGCAACAUAUUUGCAAAGAUGAACAAAUUAGAACAAGUUCGUUCAGCAAAUACAGCAGCAAAACAGGAUGCAGUGCCUAUGAGCAUUGAUAGCAAAGCCUAAUGAAGGAAAAGUCUACCUUUUUACUUUCUUCUCCUUCCCUUUCUGUCAUGCUCUCUUACUUUCUAAUGUAAUAGGGUAACCCAAAAAAAAAAAAAAAGUUUGUGUGCUUAAUUUGGGUACCAAGGUCUGUGUGCUUACUUUGAUUACCAAUGCAGUGCAUUUGAAUACCAAUUAGUUUGUUCAUCUUGUAUAAUACAUUUAAUAAAUAGAGGAACUUUAUUUCCAUGA